AUGAAUAUUAUUGAAGAGGAUAAAGUUGCUAAUAAAAUUAUUAUUGCAAAUGAUUCUUCCAAUGAUGACUUAAAUAUUAUUGAAGAGAGAAUACUUAAUCAAGAUUACGGCUUAUUCCCUGAAUGUCUCAUGACAAUUGAUAUUUGUAAAGGUAUUAGACCGGAAAUUAUGGGAGGAACUAGUAGUAUGCCUGAAUAUGCAGAAUUAAUGAAAAGGCGUUGGAAUGAUGAUCCUAAAAAAAGGCCAACUGCUAAAGAAUUGAAAAUGAUUUAUGAAAAAUGGGUUGAUACUGUAAAUUCCAAGAGGAUAACGAUGAAAAAAAUAGUACAUAUACCUGAGAAUGAAUUAAAAAUUAAAUAUCAUCCGAAUUCUUGUUAUACAAGUAGAAAAAUUAAAUAUUCAGCUAAAUUGAAUGAAUAUUUAUCACAAGACUCGUUAAGUGAUAAAAUUGUAAUUAUGAAUUAUGAUAAUACUGAAAUGAACGAAUAUUUUGAGAAUGCCACUACAAAUGAUUUCAGCAAAAUUUUGGCAAUUGGACGAGUCGAUUCAAGAAUUGCAUUAAAAGCAAGGAAUAAAUACGAAUUAUUUGAGUGGACCCCUUAUACUCCUUAUACACAAUGA